AUGAGACCACGUGACAGAGCUGGGCGGUCGAACUACAAGCCAUUUUGGGGACGGUGUCAGUUUCCACUGAACCAUCAGCAUUGCAUUUUUCAAACAACUGAAUUAGGAACGAACCUCAUAGAGGUAGCAUUUUGAUCAGUUAAAUCGGACAAUUGCAGUUCUGGCUCUUCGUCUAUCCCAUGCUUUAGACACACAGAGGGUGCGGGCAGGGCGAGAAAUAAGGAUUUUCGUAACUAAAAUGAGCUCUGUGCUGCCGUGCGCUUAUUGCAAUUGACAGCGUCUGCAGCUCUUUUCAAGAUGGCCGCUUGGCUCGCGUUCAUUUUCUGCUGAUCGACUUAUAACUUUGAUUGUUUAUCCGUACCAAGUCUCACUGGCCUACAACAUAAUCCUGGGGUCUUUGCCUUCCAUGACGAUGCAUCGAACAACAAGAAUUAAGAUUACGGAAUUAAAUCCACAUUUGAUGUGUGUUUUGUGUGGUGGAUAUUUCAUAGAUGCAACUACCAUCAUAGAAUGUUUGCACUCAUUCUGUAAAAUGUGCAUUGUGCGCUAUCUGGAGGCCAGCAAAUACUGUCCAAUUUGUGAUGUCCAGGUUCACAAAACAAAGCCUCUGCUCAACAUUCGCUCCGACAAGACUCUUCAGGACAUUGUGUACAAGUUGGUUCCUGGUCUCUUCAAAAAUGAAAUGAAGCGGAGGAGGGAUUUUUACGCAGAGCAUCCGUCAGUAGAUGCUACGAAUGGAUCAAAUGAAGACCGUGGAGAGGUGGCCGAUGAAGAUAAGAGAAUAAUCACAGAUGAUGAGAUAAUCAGUCUAUCCAUCGAAUUCUUCGACCAGAACAGGAUAGAAAAACAAGGCAGCAUGGAUGAAAAGAAGAAAACAAAAGAAGAGGUAAAUAAACGGUAUCUGCAGUGCCCUGCUGCCAUGACUGUGAUGCAUUUGAGGAAAUUCCUAAGAAGUAAGAUGGAUGUUCCUUCCACCUUUCAGAUUGAAGUAAUGUAUGAAGAUGAACCAUUGAAAGAUUACUACACAUUAAUGGACAUUGCCUACAUAUAUACCUGGAGAAGGAAUGGACCACUACCUCUGAAAUACAGAGUUCGUCCCAACUGCAAAAAGAUGAAGAUCAGCCACUCGCAAGAGGGACUGAACAGUACCGGCCGUUGUGGGGUUGAGAGCGACUCUGCCAGUGAUAAAGCCAGCAGCCCUGCUGGCGUGCCUUCUACUUCCUCUUCGCUUCCCAGCCCCAGCACCCCGGUUCAGUCCCCACACCCGCACUUCCCCCACAUCUCCAGCACCGUCAACGGAAACGGCACAGCACCCAGCCCUCCUGUCAGACAGACCCCUUUAUGCAACAAAGUGCGCAAGGCCUCCUUCAAUGGCUCCUCCACGUCUUCAGGAUGAUGGCCACUGGGCCUUGCCUAGCCUGUGCCAGAUUACCCAGUUCUUCUCAUGCCAACAUAGCUCUACCGUAGAUGCUUACUUUUUGUCAUUGUUAUUGCUCUAAUUAUGUCACGUGUUUUGCCUUAAAUGAAAUCACAUUUCUGUUGAAAUUGAGUAGGCUAAGGUCAUGGACAAAGUAGUCCAUGUAUUUUUUCCCUUAUUAGAUUUAAUUUUUUGCUGUGAAAAAGCUUCCUGUUGAAGGUGGUUUAUAUGGGAACAUUAAGGGCGACGAUCUGCAAUUAUCUUCAUUUGCGGAGGCGGAAGAUGCGCUUUGUAGAUUAUCUUAAUCUUUUGCUUUUGAUCCACUGAAUUCAAUCAAUAUGUUUCGCUUGGCAUCAGUUUAAAUGUGUAUUUCAAGGUAGAGUCUUCUCUUCUCAGACUUCAACGUUUUUCUGAUCGAAAUUGUUUCCUUUAAGCUAUAUUUGUAAAACGCGGCCGAUUUAAGAAAUUAAACCCUAAACGUCGAAGUAAAUUAAAUGUAAAUGGUGCGUUCAGAUAGUUGCCACCUGAACAAACUAAUAUCCGAGCAAUAGUCUACGUGUUAUGGAGACCGAAAUCGCAAAAAAGUUAAAAGAUCAUGGAAAUAUUUUAUUGCACGCGUAGUUGCAUCUAUCCUAAUUAGCGGCAGUAUUACGACUUGUGGACUUUAUUACAGAGUGUAAAUAGUGCAAGCAUUCGGGUUGUGGCAAUCCGUUCUAAUAUUUCUUUCUUGACGCCGAGGGACAGAGCUUCAUUCAGUCUCCUAAGCUAAAUGCUUAAAGUUCGUUCAGAAAUAAGGAUAGGCGCCUGUAUGUGCAUAUUUACUUGAUUAGCUAAUAUAGAGGUGGAAUAAAUGAACAAAGCUCAUUGUUUGAAAAAGACAGACCUCUGUAAAGAACAUCACCUAUAUGAAAGUCCAUUUCAUGCUAGAAGACAAAUGUUUUGAUGUAUCCAGUGUUCUAAAUAUUUGUACUGGCCGUUUGUAUGUAAAACUAUUGUAUUGUUACUGUUGCACAGUAUAAAAACAUCUAAAUAAACAUUUUACAUUUUGA